AUGAUUCAAAUUCUAAUAAAAAAAAGAAAUUUUUUUCGUAAUUUUUUUGAAGCACGAAAAUGUUUUAUACAAACUGAAGCUGUGGGAAUAGAAAAUAUUUUACUAAAAGAAGUAGAAAUUUCUGAAGAUGAAUCACUUAAAAAAUUGGAUUUUUUAAAUAUUGAUGCAAAAUUCUUAAAAAACAAGUUAAAUAUUUCAAACAAAGGAAAAAUUGAUUCAGUAACUACUUUUUGCAAUAUAUUUUCUGAUGUUGAAAAAAACCUAUCUAUUUCAAGUCAAACUUUUAUUAAUAAUUUUUUAAUACCAUUAGAAAAAGAUGAAAGAAAAUUUAUAGAUUUUAUAAGAUGCGAUGAAUCUAAAAUGAAUUUUUUGAUAUCAUUAUGUGGGAAAUUAAUGACAGAUGUCAAUAGAAAUGAUAGGAUUUAUAUUUUAAAAAGAUUAUGUAAAUCAUUUAAAAGUCAUGAUUUUGAAUUUACUUUAACAACAAUCAACACAAUAUUAAAAGUAUUAGAGGAAAAUAAUGAACAUUUUGAUGUAGAAACAAUAUUAACGAAUUUGGAAGUGAAAAGAAAUUUAGUUCCUGAUGUAGAAUUUUUAAAAUAUAUGAUGUAUCAUUACGCCAAAUGUGGUUUGUUAGAUGAUUUAAAACAAUUAAAAGAAAAAUUUGUUGAAAAAAACAUAAUUAGUUGCAAAGAAUUUGAACUAGCCAUGAUACGAUGUUUAUCAGUUAAAAAAAAAGACACAGAAUGUGACGUUUUAAUAAAUUCUUUUAAUGAAAAAUAUGAUAAAGCCAGUAACUUUGAAGCUUUGUCUCAAGCAAUUGUUGGUUCUUCUCAACAAGUUAAUUUACCAAGAAUUACUUGUUUACUUCAUAAAGCACUUAUUUUUGACGUUAAAUAUGAUAAAAUGCAACUUUUUUAUGAGUUGCCAAAUGAAGUUAUAAUGGAUGUAAUUUGGAAUCUGGAGGAAAUGUCUUUACCUGCUGAUAAAAUUAGUGCUAGAAAUGCUAUAGAUAAUAUUUUAAAUAUAAUAGAAUCUAGCACAUUUCCAUCCAUAAUUUUAACUAAAGAAUGUGAAAGACAUAUCAGUGAAGGACAUUAUCAUAUAGCUGUAAAAUUUAUUAAAUGUUUAUAUAACCGAGAAAAAUUAAAGAACCCUCAAAGUGAUUUUUACUUUAAUGAUUAUCUGAUAAAACAAAUUAUUCAAAGAAUGAUAGUAAAUAAUGUCGAUAUUACAGAAGUUAAAUCUAUUGCUUAUCAACUGGCUGUUUCUAUUGAAAACAAAUUUAUCGUUUUCCGUGAAAUAAUUCAUCAUAUAUUAACAUAUAAGGAAUAUAAAGAUUAUGAAAGAUUUGAAAAAUUUAUAUCUUUUAUUGAUGAAAUUGAUCCUUGUCGUGAAAGAUAUCACCUUAUCUAUCCUUUUUUAGCUAGUGAAAAUGAUGUAAGAAAAAAAUUAACUAUUUUAUUUAUGUUUAAAUCUACAGGAUAUCAUGAUUUAACAAAAUUAAAUUUUGAACUUGUUUAUAAGUAUAUAAUUAAUCAAAUUAUAUUUUAUGGUGUGACAAAAGAACGUUUCAAAACUAAAAAGUAUAAUAUUUUUGAACAAAUGAGUAUGAUAUUUAGUAGUUAUCAAAUUUCAAACAACGAAAUAUAUUAUUGGAUGAAUAAAUUAAAAAAAUAUGCCCAAAGAAAUAAGACUCAUAGAGAUAAUAUUUUUUUUAAAGAAUCUUUAUCAGAAUGGUUAUACAAAAAUUAUAAACAAAAAUAUUUUUUAGAAUCAACAAAUGAUAUGAAAGGAAAAGACCUUAAGAUUAUUUUAAAAGAUUGUAUAAAACAAAAAAAUCUAAUAAAAAUUCAUGAAAUAAUGAAUAAAAAAAGUACAUAUCAAGUUAUUAAAGUUAAUUCUUACAUUGAUAAAAUUCUUGAAAUAUAUUUACAACAUGGUUCAUGGGAUGAACUAAUAACUUUUCUUAAAAAUGCUUCUAAUUACUCUACACUUAUUGACAAAACAACUAUAUCACUAAGUCACGAACAAAUUUUUAAAAUUUUAGAAAUGUUUACUGAAAGUUCUAAAAAAUUUGAUGAAUUGAUAAAUAUAAUAUAUUAUUUAAAAAUGAAAUUUCCAAUUACUCAUUCUAAUGGCAUAAACAAUUGGAAUUUAUUGAAAAGAGCUCGAAAAUUAAUACAACUAAAGACAGUUGAAACAAAAUCAAAUAAGAAGAUUAUAGUUGAGAAUCAAAUUUAUAUUGUGGUAUUAGCAGAGUUAUUAAACAAUCUAUUUAUAAAAUGUUCUAAUGAAAAAUAUGAAAUAAGUAAUCAUGGGGCCAUAUCUUGUAAAUGA